AUGGCGCAAGCGCAAUAUGUUUUGAACUCGUGCGUUGAAACCGCCAACCAGGUCUUGGUUUCCUUGCUCUUUGUGUUGAGCACAGUGAGUCUCGUGCGCCCCAGAUGGCCAAAGCCUUCAAGAUGCCUCCAGGUGAGCUGCCAUUUCCGGCAGCUCAGCUUUGUGAUCGCUGACCUCCAGGCGAUGAUGGGCGAGAUGCAGCUGUUGAUGCUGGCAGGCUGGUUGCAACGUAAGCGUGGCACAAGUGGGUGUAGUGGAGGGUGGUUCCAGACCAUCAUAGGUACCUUGCACUAUCUAAAAUGUAUUUGA